AUGUCCCAGAAGAAAAAAUCAUCGAAUCCAGUGGUUAAUCUGAUUGCCGGUGGCACAGCCGGGUUGUUUGAAGCACUAUGUUGCCAUCCGCUGGAUACUAUCAAAGUUAGAAUGCAAAUUUACAGGAGGGCAGCCUCUGGAGAGAUCAAACCCCCGGGGUUUUUGACCACAGGUAGGAGUAUCUACAUGGAGGAGGGUUUCCUGGCGCUGUACAAGGGAUUGGGUGCAGUGGUUAUUGGUAUUAUCCCGAAGAUGGCUAUAAGAUUCUCGUCAUACGAGUUCUGCAGGACUUUAUUGGCGGACAGGACCACUGGGACCGUCUCCACGGGUAACACUUUCCUCGCUGGUGUCGGGGCAGGUAUCACCGAGGCUGUACUGGUGGUCAAUCCGAUGGAAGUGGUCAAGAUCAGAUUGCAGGCGCAGCAUAUGAGCCCUGCGGAACCGGGAGUCAGUCCCAAGUAUAGGAACGCGGUUCAUGCAUGCUACACGAUUGUUAAGGAAGAGGGGAUCUCGGCAUUAUAUCGAGGCGUUUCCUUGACCGCAGCAAGACAGGCCACUAACCAAGGUGCAAACUUCACGGUUUACUCGAAGCUGAAGGAAUACCUGCAGAACUACCACGGCACCGAUGUGCUGCCUCACUGGGAAACGUCCUGCAUCGGAUUGAUCUCCGGGGCCAUCGGCCCCUUCUCUAACGCUCCAUUGGAUACCAUAAAGACUAGAUUGCAGAAGGAUAAAUCCGUCUCCAAGGACUCUGGUUGGAAAAGAAUCGUCUCUAUCGGAGCGCAAUUGGUCAAAGAAGAGGGUUUCCACGCCCUUUACAAAGGUAUCACUCCAAGAGUCAUGAGAGUCGCUCCGGGACAAGCCGUGACCUUCACUGUGUAUGAAUUCGUCAGGAGACAUCUCGACAACAUGGGGAUCUUCAAAAGCAAAAAAGAACAACCUCCAAAACCAUUAAAAUGA